AAACCCUCCUGGACGUAGCUGGAGGUAUCGGGGAUUUUCAAACGCCUGCAAGGGCUUUGCAGGUGUCUUGUCCCCAAUUUUGCCUGGCGCUGCCGUGCUGGCAGAGCCUGGUUGUGGACGACUGUCCGAAUGGCUGGGACCAGAGAGGACAGUUGGGCGCGUGAGCAGCAGAUGGAUGCCCAAAUGCCUCUUUGCGAUGGCAGUAGGCAGAAAUUUAUGCCCUCAGCCCAUCGGCAACGCGCUCGAGCAGCAGAAACCUGGGGCUGGAGGGUCUCUGAGCCGAGAUGGCAGCAUCCCACGCCAAAAAGGCUUUUAACCCAACAGAUAUUUCCCCCAUGGCUUUCCGCUGUCCCUGCCUUGGUGCGAGGUAGGGAGUAGGGAAGGAAGACCUGGAUCUAGCAUUGCUGUUUAAAAUCAAGCCUCAGCUAUGCUUGGGAGAGCAGAGCAAAGUCGCCAGAGUCCUUAGAAGCAUUCGCUGUGGGCUCUGCAUGGAGGUUAUUCUUGCAAACGCUGCACCAUGUUUGUCUGCAGAGCAUGUUUUUGCUGGCUGCCAGGCACCUUGCUGAGAAAGCCACCGAGUUGCCUGCCUUUGGAGAAUUAAAAUUCACCUAAAAUUAAAUGCGACGCCACUAUUGCUACAAAAACACCCCCAAGGGCUGGGUAGGACUGCGCAGUAGUCCCUGUCCCAUACUGCCAAAUUGGAUCAUGGGAGGUGGGGGAAAACUGGCUUCUCCCCCUCCAGCCACGGCCCCCCAGAAAUCCCUCCCCAAAGGCUGGGAGCGCGUAGUGGCUCUGGAUUUCUGCAGUGACUUCUCUUGGCGUGAAUAUGAGCAAGUCCCCACUCCAUCCCUACCCCUUUACCUCUGCACCAGCUGCUUGGACCUACGUAAGAGAUGGGGGGGUGUGUUAUAUAGGUGUUUUUCCUCUUUGGAUUUGCUUCGUUGCCUUAAAGCAAGGCUGUUCUUAGGGAUCAGAGGUUAGUUUCUCCGGCGUGCAGCUCGGCUCCCAAAGCCCUGGGCGCAGGCAGGUGCAGAGCGUGUUAACACUAUCAGGGAUGGAAGGAGGAAAAGGAGGUGCUCCAGCUCUUGGCAGCCUUGAUUUAUGGCGCGGGCUCAUAGGACGCUGCCGUCAUACUGAAAGAGUUCCAGCUAACUGAGUCUUGUAGGGUAGGAGGUGGUAAAGAGAAGGAUCUUGCGGAUGCUGACACCUCUCUGCCUGGGAGGACAGCUGGGAGGUUGCACUAGGAGGGUUUGUAGACCUUUUUGCCCUCUGCCGUGGGUUUAAUGGCAGUGUUAAAGGGGAGAUGGCUGCAGAAACACCCGGGUGCUCCCGGCCCUCCAAGCACAGCUGCUGGGGCUCACCCCGCUCUUUUCCUUGCUGCUAUGCAGAGAAACUCCUAUGGCCAGAGCGGCGAUGCAAUGCAAUGCCGUCAUCCGGUGGGGAAGGCUUCAAGGAGCUCCUCUGCAUCCCCGUGCCCUCCGGGUUUUAAAACCUGUUUUUCAAGCUCUACUUUUCUUCUCUGAAGAUACACCUGUCCCAGCUGACGAGAGUGGGAAGGAGGGACCUGACGUAAUUACGGGCAGGCUCGGGGAAGGGAGGUUCAGCACAAUGAGUUGGCAUCCUGGGUGUUAGCAGCGUGAGGAGACCAGGACGGGUGCUGCCCUGCUCACCUCUUACCCCCUCGCUCAUUCCCCUCGGGGAGACGGGUGCUGGCGGCCCUGCCUUGCCCUUCCGCCCCUUGUCCCCCCCGCUCGCCAUAGAGGGGACGGGCCCGUUAUGGCUGGGGACAGGCUCCCACGCAAGGUGAUGGACCCGAAGAAGCUGGCCACCCUUCUGAGGAACGGAGCGGAGGGCACCCUGGUCAUUGACAGCCGCUCCUUCGUGGAGUACAACUCCUGGCACGUCCUCAGCUCCGUCAACAUCUGCUGUUCCAAGCUCGUCAAGAGGAGGCUCCAGCAGGACAAGGUCUCCAUCACGGAGCUCAUCCAGCCCGCCUCCAAGAUGAAGGUGGAGGCGGAGGAGCACCAGGACGUGGUGGUCUACGACCAGAGCACGCGGGACGUGACCGGCUUGGCUGCCGACAGCUUCCUCUCCAUCCUCCUGGGCAAGCUGGACAGCUGUUUCCACAGCGUCUCCAUCCUCACAGGAGGCUUUGCCACCUUCUCGUCCUGCUUCCCAGGGCUCUGCGAGGGGAAGCCAGCUGCCAUCCUGCCAAUGAGCAUCUCUCAGCCAUGCUUGCCCGUGGCCAAUGUUGGCCCCACGCGCAUCCUGCCGCAUCUCUACCUGGGCUCCCAGAAAGACGUCCUAAACAAGGACUUGAUGACGCAGAACGGGAUAAGCUAUGUCCUCAACGCCAGCAACUCCUGUCCCAAGCCAGACUUCAUCUGUGAUAGUCACUUCAUGCGCAUUCCUGUCAAUGACAACUACUGUGAGAAGCUCCUUCCCUGGCUGGACAAGUCCAUUGAAUUCAUUGACAAGGCCAAGGUGUCGAGCUGCCAGGUGAUUGUGCACUGCUUGGCUGGGAUCUCACGGUCGGCCACCAUCGCCAUCGCCUACAUCAUGAAGACUAUGGGUAUGUCGUCAGAUGAUGCUUACAGGUUCGUUAAGGACCGUCGCCCGUCCAUCUCGCCCAACUUCAACUUCCUAGGCCAGCUCCUGGAGUAUGAGAGGAGCCUGAAGCUCCUCAAGGCCCUGAAGUCCAAGGGCGACCGGGGCGAGGGGGACGCCCAGCAGGACCCGGCAGAGGCGGCUGAGGGCAGCCGGCAUCCCCCACCACCUACCUCAGAGAAGGCCGAGGAGGUGCCGAGAGGCGCCGGCUCGGCGUCCCCCCACGGAGACCCCGAGCGGCAAGGCGGGACCCCGAAGGUCCUGUCGCCCACCACCCUGCAGCAGGGGCUCAACGGCUUGCACCUCUCCUCCGAGCGCAUCCAGGACACCAACCGCCUGAAACGCUCCUUCUCCCUGGACAUCAAGUCCGCCUACUCCCCCGGCCUGCGGCAGGACCCUCCCGGUCCCCCCGGCCCCGGGGACACCCCCAAACUCUGCAAGCUGGACAGCCCCUCGGGCCCCGGCAGCCUCGGCCCCUUCUCCCCGGGGGCGGAGAGCCCCGACCGGCCGAGCGCGCCCGACCUGCUGCUGGAGGCCAAGGUGAGGCAGCGGCGGAAGCACCGGCACCCGGCCGGCUCGCCGGCCCACGGGCUCAGCCUCAACGCCGGGGGCCCCUGCGCCGCGCACAAGAGCCCCGGUGCCGAGGACGGGUUGCCGCCGCGGCUGGGGCAGCCGGCCGCCGCUCCCGGUGCCGCCUGGGGUGGUGUGCACCUGGAGUCCCCCGGCACUCCCUCCAACGAGGCGGGCUGGUACUUCGGCGUGGACGCCGGCGGCGCCGGCGGGAGCGGCGGGAGCCUGUUCGCCAGCGCCGGCCCCUACCCGCCGCCCUUCGGCUGCGAGAUCAGACUGAGGGACAAGGCGCGGGCCGAGCCGCGGGACGGGCGGCACAGCUGGCACGAGGAGGCCGGCGCCGAGAAGCAGUUCAAGCGGAGGAGCUGCCAGAUGGAGUUCGAGGAGACCAUGUCCGAGGGCAGGGCCCGGGAAGAGCUGGGCAAAAUCAGCAAACAGUCCAGCUUUUCGGGCAGCAUGGAGAUCAUCGAGGUGUCCUGACACCCACCCGGGGUGCCUGGAGAGCGGGGACGGGGUCGGGGCGGGGGGAUA